GUAAAAUAAUGUCGACAUCAUAGAACUACGAAGGGGAUACGUGGGUGAGAAUAGAUGAUCUGCAACAAUGGCUUGGAGAGAGCGCCCACUCGUGACAAGCCUCCCCAACCCUAACGAGGAAGCGUGCAGCGCGAAUAACAGUAGACUAUCAUGCAGCUGAGCGCGACUCAGCUGGCCGCGGCCGCGUUGGCUCCUGCGGGGUAGGCCGUUACAGAGUUGGUGUGCUUCGACACGAGCUCGGCCAUUGGGGCCCUCCCGACUCUGGCACUCGAGCGAGUCUGCACCAGCGAGGGCACUUCUCUGGAAGGGAAGGACAAGAUUACUCUGUUCACCACGAUGCUGCAAUUGGUGCUGGCGCUGGGGCAGGGUACACAGGAGACGAUGGAGGAUUUCCUGCGCGGCGCGGAGACCCAGGAGCACGGAUCGACAGGCGCGAUAGCGGCCAGGAAAGUUUUCGGGGCGCGGGCAUUCAUGGGAGAGGUACUCGAGGUGCUGCGGGAUUUCGUCAAAGAGACGGACACGUACGUGGUCCUGCCGGCUCUGCCAUCGUCGGGCAAAGCCCCCGCUCGCGAGUCCGGGGCGGCUCCGCCGGCCCCAACUCCGGAGGCGACGGAGGCUCCCGCAGCGGCGGCGGCUGUCCCAGUAGCGGCCGCCGUUCCGGCGGCGGCGGCCCCAGCGGCAGCGGCAGCAGCCUCGGCAUCCGCGGCAUCCGCCUCCGCUGCGGCGCCCGCAAUGGCGGGAGCGCCAAACUCGGCGAUCGCAACAGCCCAGCAGCAGCAGGCAGCCAACCACCAGGUCAUGAUGUCGGCGGACGAAGCGUACAUGAACGUGGUGCAAGCGGAAUCAGGCUACGCGGAGGCAGCCAACCACCAGGUCAUGAUGUCGGCGGACGAAGCGUACAUGAACGUGGUGCAAGCGGAAUCAGGCUACGCGGAGGUUAUUGCUGCCCCUCGAAACGACUGGUCGUCGGGAGGGAUGGGAGUACCGUCCCCCGGAGGAUCCGCUAGCCACCAACAAAUGCUAGCCGACGUGCGUAACCAACGCAACCUCGCCCUGCUGCAGAAGCAACUGGCGAACCCGGGGGUGCCCGGGCAGAGCGAGACGUGCCACAAGUGCCGGGCCGGCCACCGUGAUCCGAACCACCCUCACCUCACAUGUGCCUUUUGGAUAUGCGGCAAUUGCAAGGAGGCAGGGCAUCGCAGGGCGGCCUGUCAGAACCCGACCGUGCCGUGAACGAGCCGUAGCAUACGCAACAGAAGGAGUUUGGGGGGGGACACGGUAGCAAUUUAUGAACGGGGGGGGGGAUACUAGAGCGUUGCGCGCGGUUGGAUUUGUUUCGCGGGUUCGAGAUAGCGUUUCGUGUUCCGACAGGACGAUGCGUGCGAUACCCGUCAGACGACCAUCUCCCACUCGUGGUUCGCAUCAUUUGUCAAUGCAUGUCAGUGUAACAUUGGCGCAACAUGAGCGCUGACCUACGCAGUGCGCUCCUUCGAUCGCACGGGAUCGAGAAUAACACGAGAACACCAGGUGAUAUCCCCGCGGUGCGUU